AUGAUGGUUGCAUUGAUGGAUUUUGGUGGAACUAUGGUGGCUAUGCUCUUCAACGAAAAUGGUGGCCAUGCUCUUCAACGAAAAUGGUGGCCAUGCUCUUCAACAAAACUGGUGGCCAUGCUCACCAACAUCUAGAUCUAGUAAGUUUAAAAAAUCAAAAUUCUGAAAAAUGCACGCUAAAAAUGCGAUCUUGCGAAUCCACUCCUUUAUCUUUCAUUUCU